AUGGUUGGAACCAGGGUGAGCUCGGGUGUUGGGAUGGUUGGUAGCGGAUUGAGCAAAGCAGGGAGAUUCAUGGGUAGAACAAUUACAGGUCAGACCAGUAAACGUAGUGGCUCCACCACUCCUGUGAAUAGCGAGACCGAUGGUUCGAAACAACAGCAAGACAGGAUGUCGAGUAGGGGAAGUUGCAAGCCCUGA